AUGCCUGCGCUGCUGCAAGACCAGAUCGAACUCAAAGAUGGGCUGCCAGACGGGGUCCACGUCCAUGAUGUCGAGGACGAACUGCCUGAAGCAUACUGCGGAGGCUGUGGCCGUCUCAUCGACGAGGAGAGCGUCGAGGAGGGCGUCAUUCAGUUCGCCACCAAGCUCUGGCACAUCGAGUGCUUUCGUUGCGCAAAGUGCAAGAACAGAGUCAGCACCGAGCGGGAUGACAUUUUGCUCCUCUCCGACGGCCAUCCCAUAUGCGGCGAGUGCAAUUACUCCUGCAAUAUCUGCAACUUGCCCAUCAUGGAGGAGGCUAUCAUGACUGGCGACGAAUCGUACCACGCCUCCUGCUUCACCUGCCGUUCGUGCCAUUCCAAGAUCGAAGAGCUCGUCUUCGCCAAGACGAGCCAAGGCAUCUAUUGCAUGAAGUGCCACAACGACCGUGUCGCUCGCAGUCGCAAGCAUGCAGAGCAGAAGCGAGCAAAAGCACGCCGUGAAAAGCAACUUCAGGAUGCGCAGGCUGCCGAAUCCCACCAGCCCAGCAACACGCCCACCCCGGAUCCUGCCGCCUCGGCACGGUCCCCUGCCAUGGACCUACCGCCAUCGCUCCCAUCUAAAGAAUCGCCUGCAUCGCCGUCUGCUUCGAUCCUCGCUUCUCCGGCGCCUUCCACCAACGGAGCAAGCCUUUCGCCCUACAUCAAUCAAAGCGGCUCAACCUCGGCCAUUCGCCCAGGUAGUGCCGGCGGCAAGCGCCCCAUGAACGCGCCACCGCCUCCCACUCGCGAAGCACGUAGUCCUGCGAUGGCUGCGCAGGCCAAGCUCGAGGGUCGGAGCAUCCAGACCUCCAAUGCCUCUCAGACGUCGUUGUCAUCCGUCAUGGCUGACGAUGGGCUGCAGCCUCAUCACAAAGAGUACGAGGUCACCGCUCCCCUUUCACCCCGCAAGAAGACCUUUGGUUCCGGCGUCAGCUCUCCAAUCGGCUCGCCAGCUGCCACGAAAAUCCGCCUGGCCAACGUCGAUGAGCCAGACUCUACCACCAGCCCGACAGCGUCACCGUUCAAGAGAAGCGUUCCUCUUGACGGCUCCCCGCGAGCCGAUGCUGGCAGGACGCUUCGGCCCUCGACGAGUCGCGAAGGUCUCGGCGUCAACUUGCGAAGCUCGAGCAUCAAAUCCGGAGCAGGUCCUCGCAAUCCGCUCAACGCUUCCUCGUCUUCUUCGCGUUUGUCCAAGGUGUACUCGUUCUACGAUCCUGACUUCCUCAACCUUGUCGAAUCAUUUGGCGAGUUCGGCUCGCACGACGAGCUGCUAGGCCGAACUCCUCCAGUCCCGGCUUUGUCAGAGUCGAUUCCUGCCACCUCUGUUUCGACCGACCCAUCCGAAUCAGAAACAGAUGCCAUGGUUGCAUCCGAGCCACCCCUCGAACGCCGUACACCUGCGCUCCAGACGGCGACAGCAGCGCAGCCAGGCGGCGGUGAUGCACAGGCCGAGCGCGACGGAAAACAAUCGUCUUCUCUACGGACAGCUUCCGCUUCGAAAGCUCAAGGGACUUCCGACAGCGAGGAGGAAUUGCUCCAAGACGAUCGCCUACCUCUCAAAGACGAUCGCAGGCACACAGCCGCUUCCACCGACUCGCUGACAGAGGUCUCGUCCAAAGUUCGUGCUUCCAUGCAACAGGCUCGAGACGGACUCGUGAGUAUGGAUAUCUCCUUUGUCGAGACGAUCCUGCAGGAUCUCGAGCAGACGCGACAGCGCAUGGAAACUCUGCAGUUGCGAUACGACCGCAUCCGACGUGCGAGUCAGCAAGCAGCUCACGGUUUCACCAUGGCAAAAGAGGAAUUCGAGCACGAGGUCAACGCGAGGCAUGAAGCAGAGCUUGAGAUGGCGCGUCUCCGCAGACAGCUCGCAGAGCAAGCGCUCAAGCUAGCCGCCGUCAACAGCGAAAGGCGCCAGCACGAGCAGCUCGAACGACGCUCUCAGGACGUCAAGGCAUCGCUCAAAGGCAUGGAACGCGACUUGGCCAAGCUGACGGCAGAGCGCGAGCUCACCGUCGCAGAAGUUGCCGAGCUUGUGGCUCUGCAGGACGGCGCCGCUGGUUCAUCGUCCUCAACCAGACCAUCCGCCGAUGGAGCUCGCUCUUCGACCAGUACGGUGGACGCUGCCAUCACGCAAAAUCUCACCUCGCGUCUCGAAGCGGUCAAGAGUCGUUAUCGGAAUGAGAUCGACGAGCUGACGCUGGAGCGCGAUUCUCUGCUCAUCGAAAUCGAAGAGCUCAAGCAGUCCAAGGAUCUCUUUUUGGAAGAGGCCCAGGGCCUCAACGCCAAAAACGAGGAACUCAAUACACUGCUAGGUCAGCUCAAUCGCAAAGUCGAGCUUGCCUCUCAAUCCAGAGACCAGUUGCCACCUUUGCCUAAGGACGUCUCGUCGACCUCGGCCAAGGGCUCGAGCAGUCACGGUUUCGGCUUUGGGUCGCGUCACAGGCUCGUGCAGAAGCACACGCCGCACAACGCAUCCAUCUCGUCGGACGCACCACCAAGCAGCGCCGGCUACGACACGGUCUCGGUCGACACAGCUGUGCAGCAGAUUAUCAAACCGAGUCGGUUCGAACCAGCACCGGUGGUCAAGAAGUUCAAAUGGAUGAAGCCAAAGACGUCCGAGACGACCAGAGCCGCGACCCAAGCGGGACAAAGUGGUGCGGUGCCCCCAGUUCCCCCCAAGAAUGGAAACCUCGGGGCCAGCGGCGGUGCCGCCGUCAUGACGCGUGCUACCUCGCACGACGUUGUGGUGCGCGAACACCUCUUCCAACCUUUCAAUGUGCUGCGACCCACGCGCUGUUUUGCCUGUCAGAAGAACAUGUGGGGACAGUCCGAGAUGCGAUGCGCUGUCUGCACGCAGGUGUGCCACUCGCGCUGCCUGCAGAACCUGACAGUGUCUUGUCACCAGCCGUACAUGCGACCAGACGAGGGCCAAGCCGAGAACACGGGUCCGUCCAUGUUUGGCCGGUCGCUAGCGGAACAGGCUGCGCACGAGGGACGCGAUGUGCCUCUGGUGGUCGAGAAAUGCAUCCAGGCCGUCGAGGCGUUUGGUAUGGACUACGAGGGCAUCUACCGCAAGUCUGGCGGCACUUCGCAGCUCAAAGUCAUCACACAGCUCUUCGAGCGUGGCAACGCAUUCGAUCUGGAGGACACGGAUCGAUUCAACGACGUUUCUGCCAUCACCAGUGUCUUGAAGAACUACUUCCGCGAGCUUCCCACGCCUCUGCUCACGUUUGAGCUCUACGACAAGCUGAUCAAGGUGGUCGAGUCCAAACAAGAGGACACGACCACAAAGCGGGAUCUCAUCAAGCAGAUGGUGGAUCGUCUGCCGCGACAGCACUAUUGCACGCUUCAGCAUCUCGUGCUGCACCUGCAUCGCGUUCAGCAGCGGAGCGUGGACAACAGGAUGAACGCGCGCAACCUGGGUGUUGUGUUCGGUCCCACGUUGAUGCGAUCAGCCGACCCGACGCAGGAGUUUGCGCACAUGGGCGGCAAAGCUAUGACCAUCGAAUUCUUCAUCGAUCACGCACCGGAGCUCUUUGCCUAG